AUGAAUACACAGAUAAGAAGAAUCGACACUUCGAAGAGAACGAAAUGUUCGUGUUUGACAAACACCGUGUCCAGUAUAAUUGGUCGACUUGGUAUAACAAUUAGUCGAUAUCCCCUUUAUUUUGUCAUUGCUCCUGUCAUUCUUUCUGGCUUAUUAUCAAUUGGGCUGAUCAGAAUUCAAACCAACGACGACAUCGAUUCUCUGUUAGCUGCGGACAGAGGUAAAGUUUUUGAAUCAAAACAGUUUAUAAAAAAGACAUUCCGUGUGAAUUCAGAUAAGGUUGUGAAAAAUACCAUAGCUCAUGUAGAUGGGAAGAAUAUUAGUUACGUGGACGUGUGCGAGAGUGUAGACGGCAAGUGUUCAGAAAAUACUCUUAUUGAUCUGCUAAACAACUCCGAAAAUACUAUUAAUGAAAUAUUAACAUUGAAAUAUCCAGUUAAUAUUGAUUCUGUAACAUACGCGUACAAAAUCCUUUGUGUGAAUUUAGGAGGGGUGACGACAGACGACAAAGGAUACGUAACUGAAGCAAAAGCGGUUCGUUUAUACUAUGUACUAGACGAAUCGAAUUCAAGUAAGAAAAUGUGGAAUGAAGAAUGGACAAAGGCAGUUUACAACAAGUUGAGUGAUUAUAGUUUUCAGCAUAUUAAAACAUUUUCCGAGCCAAUAGCGUCUACCGGUUUUCAAAUAAUACGAAUUUCACAGAAAUUAGUUCCUUUGAUAAGCGUUGCUGUGGUCGUAGUGGCUAUUUUCUGCAUGUCGUCGAACAUGACUAACAAUUGGGUAAAGUGCAAACCUUGGUUAGGCGUAGCUACUGUGGUAUCUGCGGGUCUGGCUGUGACCACCGCUUUUGGAUUAUUAACCGCCUGUGGAGUACAAAACCUUCGGUGGAAUGUCAGCCUUCCUUUCAUGAUUCUUGCUACGGAAGUGGACGACUCGUUUGUGGUAUUAGCUUGUUGGAAGGUAAAAGACUGCAAUGACAGCGUAGAAAAGCGAAUGGAACAGACGUAUCGCAACGCUGCAGUGUCCAUCACCAUAACGUCUCUAACGAAUUUCUUCUCUUAUUGUAUUGCCAUGACGUCACCAUUUCCGGGUAUAAGAAUAUUCUGUUUCUAUGCCGCAACGUGCGUCUUCUUCAGUUAUUUCUAUCAGUUGUUUUUUUUCGGCGGAUGUUUGGCAUUAAGCGGAUACAGAGAAGAGAAAGGUCUUCAUCCUUUUACAUUUAAACCAGCUUUUGAUUAUUCUAAUCCACGAGUUCAGGAGUCAGUUAAUGAUUUCAUGCAAAAAUUUCACACAAUUGAAAAUAUAGCCGGAAAGGAGUACGAACUUUCUUGGUUAAAAUAUUAUAAGAAAUUCCAAAAUCAUCCCAUUUCGAAGUAUUCUUUAAGGGGUUACGAUCUGUCUCAGAAGGAAGAUUUUAUGGAUGCACUUAAAAAUAUUUUCUUAAAAUUCACAGGAGCCAAACAAUUUAAGAAUGACAUCAUUUUUAAUCACAAUUACACUGAUAUUGUCGCCAGUCGCUUUUUAUUCUUAGCGAAAGAUGUUUCGAAUAGAGUAACCGAAUUCAAUCUAUUAAACGAUUUAUCGAAAAUAGCCGAAGAAGCACCAUUUUCCGUUGUACUCCAUACAGUAAUAACACCUAUGGUCGAACAAGGAGUCGUUAUCAAACAGAUAACGAUUCAGCUGUUCUGGAUCACUUCCCUGUUAAUCUUUGGCAUUUUUGUGUCUUUAAUACCCAAUUUGCAUUGUGCUCUUAUCGUCGCUAUCUGUGUCGUGUCCAUAACAGUGCAGACGAUCGGAUUCAUGUCUUUAUGGGCAGUCAAUUUGGAUAUCGUGUCUCUGAUUAUCUUGACUCUUUGCAUCGGAUUUUGUGUCAAUUAUCCUACUCACAUAUGCUAUUGUUUCAUCAAUUCAUCACAGCCAACGAAUGAAGAAAAGUUAAAGGAUAGUUUAUGUCACGUAGGUUUUCCGUUAAUUCAAGGGGCAAUAUCUACUGGAUUAGUAUUGUUAAUCAUCGCUUAUUAUAAUAUAUUUGUAUAUACAACUUUCGUUAAAAUCGUUUUCGUAAUUGUACUGCAAGCUACAUUUCACGCAUUGUUUGUUAUUCCUACAAUCAUCUCGAUAACUUCGUUAUUUACAAGAGGAUGCCAAAACAGCAGAGAAUCCACAUUCUGUGGGUGCACGUAG